AUGAAGGGCCUCUUCAAGCCUAAACCACGCACUCCUGCAGAUGUAGUGCGCCAAACCAGAGAUCUUCUACUACUUAUUGAUCGAAACCCCGAAGCCCGCGAAAGCAAACGAGAAGAGAAGCAAAUGUCCGAGCUAUUUAAAAACAUCAGGGAGCUUAAGCAGAUCCUGUAUGGAAAUAGUGAAUCUGAACCAGUUGCUGAAGCUUGUGCACAGUUGACUCAGGAGUUCUUUAAGGGGGACACGUUGCGACUGUUUAUCAAAUGUCUUCCAAAAUUGAAUUUGGAGGCCAGAAAAGAUGCCACGCAAGUUGUUGCAAAUUUACAAAGACAACAGGUUCAGUCUAAGUUGAUUGCAUCUGAUUACCUGGAGAAAAAUCUGGAUCUUAUGGACGUCUUGAUUGUUGGCUAUGAAAACACAGACAUGGCUUUGCACUAUGGUGCAAUGCUAAGGGAGUGCAUAAGACAUCAGAUCGUUGCAAAAUAUGUUCUCAACUCACCUCAGAUGAAGAACUUUUUUGACUAUAUUCAACUCCCAAAUUUUGACGUUGCUGCAGAUGCUGCAGCUACCUUUAAGGAGCUCUUGACAAGACAUAAAUCCACUGUAGCUGAAUUCCUUUCCAAGAAUUAUGAAUGGUUUUUUGCAGAAUAUAACACUAAGCUAUUGGAAUCUUCCAAUUAUAUUACAAGGCGCCAAGCUGUCAAGUUGUUGGGAGAUAUAUUACUUGAUCGUUCAAAUUCAGCAGUAAUGACACGAUAUGUGAGCUCAAGAGACAACUUGAGGAUUUUAAUGAAUCUUCUAAGAGAGUCAAGCAAGAGCAUACAGAUUGAAGCAUUUCAUGUUUUCAAGCUAUUUGCUGCUAACCAACAUAAACCAGCUGAUAUCGUCAGUAUAUUUGUUGCAAACAAAAGUAAGAUGCUGAGACUAUUGGAAGACUUCAAAAUUGAUAAAGAGGAUGAACAAUUUGAAGCUGACAAAGCUCAAGUGAUGAAGGAAAUCGAAGCUCUUUAA